CGUAUAUGUAAUACGUGCAUUGAAAAUUACGUAGAAAAUUCGGAAAAAAAAAUCGGAACAUUCGCGAAAAAUUGUGAAACAAAAAAGAUGUCUUUUCUCAUAGAAAACAUCUUGAAUAACACGAGAAAAUCCGGUGAAACAUCGACACAGGAACAAAGUAAAAUGACAAGCAUUUUCACCUGUCAAAAUGACAGUUCGAAUCGAGUACGAAACGAUACCUUUGCAGGUGAAAAUGACAGUUCGACGCGAGCACCUGACAGCAUUUUGCACAGGACUUUAGUGAAUAAAUUCGCGGAUUUCAGACGGGAAUCGCCUUCUCCUGCGGGUAAUUACCGGCACUUUUGCUACGACCCGGUGCAUUUGAACUACUACAGGAACUUCUGCGAAACGGAUUAUUCCCCGUUGGAAAGGCACAAAUCCUGGCCCUCGUACGAGUCGCACUAUCUCUCCUACGCCUUGGGAUACAAGUAUUUGUACAGCCCGAGCAAGCGAAAAGGGGGCCAAGUGAGGUUCACCGGGGGCCAGACGGAGGUUCUGGAGAAGCGAUUUUGUGCCAAUAAGUACCUUUCGCCCGAGGAGAGAAAGGUUUUGGCGAGGUCUUUGAGCCUAUCCGAUCGACAGGUGAAAACUUGGUUUCAAAAUCGCAGGGCGAAAUGGCGCAGGAGCAAUUCGUCGGGAGAAGAUGGAAAUUCCGUGGAAAAAUCGCCUGGGGUUGAUUUAAUUGAAUAAAAACGAUUUUUAAGUAAAUUACUUGUUUUAUUUAUUCGAGAAAAACG